UCAAAACCUCACAGAGUUAGUAAUAAUGGCGACCUUGAGAAAGUGUCUCAGUCUGUUAACAAGACAGACAAGACUACAGAUUUCUCAACAAAAAGCAGACUUAACUACAACACCAGUACUUGCUGCAGCAUACUGGAACAAAGACUGGAAACCUGGACCUCUCCCACGCACGCCAGAGGAAAGAGCAGCUGCUGCUAAAAAGUUUGGCCUACGACCAGAAGACUACAAUGUUUUAGCUGAUGGUGAUUUAGAAGAAUAUCCGCAUCUUCCAGCUGUUUCAAGCCAGUGGAGAGAUCCUUUUGAAGAUUAUGAGUUUGCUGCAGACAGGAGAAAUUAUGGAGAACCGGUUCAUGCUGACCGUGAUAUUGUAGGAUUGGACCAGUUGGAUCGCAAUGACCAUGGUAGAUAUAGCUAUGGAGAGGUUUUUGUCAGGUUUCUGGCGAUUUUUGCUGGCUUUGUGGCUGCACAUACCUUAUUAGAACCAUACCCUUAUUUUCUGCCACAGAUGCCUAAACAAUAUCCAUUUAAUAAUUUGUACUUGGAACGAGGAGGAGACCCAUCUUUGGAGCCUGAAGUCAAACACUACUCAUUUGAGCCAGCUGAUUAAGGCAUAUGUAUCAGUGAAAUGUAUUGAUGAAAAGGAUUUCCAGAUGAAGUAUAUGUAUAUAUAUAUUUACUAUAGAAUACAGGCUUACAAAUUAUGGCUCAUGAGGUUCAGUGUGUUAGUUGUCUGAUAAGCUGGUUAUAAAAAAAAAUAGUUAAUUCUUUAUUAUUUGGACAGUAACUAUUUGAGCAUUAAACUAGAUGUAAUGAAUUAAACCAAUCAAUUUUG